AAGAUAUUGGUGCUGGUAGCUUAUCCAGAAAAUAGAAAGUCAGCCUCACUUCCAAGUUCCAAGUUCCAACUCCAGUUGCACUCGGCGGCUGGGGGAUCUCCUUCAUCCGCAUUCAAAGUUGUAACCGCUCAAAAGCUUCUCAUUUCUCUUCGAUCCGCAAAUUCCAACCAUGGUUCUCUCCCAGUGGCUCUCCCGCUUCCGCAUCGCUUCGCAAACGGCCUUCUCCACUCUCCGCAACUCCUCUUCUUCUUCUCCCUCUCCCUUCCGCAUCUUCCGAACGCAUACCAGUUCCCUCGCCGCCUACUCAGUCGAUUCCGGCGGCGCACGGAAGCCGCCUUUCUCCUUUCUUUGGCCCGCCUCCCUGGUUCCUCUGAGUGUUGCUCUGAUCUCUGCCGGCUCUCUCGCUGCUCAGCCGCAGCCUUCCCUCUGCGAUCAUGAUUCGAAUCUCGAGAAUCAUCCUCGCAUUGGAGGCAAAGGUAGCACGGAUUUCGUGGUGAAAGGUUCGCACAAGCAGGUUCCAAAAGAGUUGCUCGACGAAUUAAAAGCUAUCUGUCAGGAUAAAAUGACCUUGGAUUUUGAUGAAAGGUACUUCCACGGGAAGCCACAGAAUAGCUUCCACAAGGCAGUAAACAUCCCCGACGUCGUUGUUUUUCCAAGGCAGGUUUCGCACUCGACCCUAACUUUUAUUUUUCCUGCUUACAUUUUGUCAGAGGAGGAAAUUUCUAGAAUUGUCAAAUCUUGUAACAAGCAUAAGAUACCUAUUGUGCCAUAUGGUGGUGCUACAUCAAUUGAGGGUCACACCUUGGCACCUCAUGGUGGUGUUUGUGUUGACUUAUCUGAUAUGAAGAAAGUUAAAGCAUUGCACGUCGAGGAUAUGGAUGUGAUUGUGGAGCCUGGGAUUGGCUGGAUGGAACUUAAUGAGUACCUUGAGCCGUAUGGUCUAUUUUUUCCUCUAGAUCCGGGUAACAUACUUUACUAUUCUCGAUGCCCUAAGCAACAAAUGCUGCAAUGUGAGACAGUCCUGGUGCAACCAUUGGGGGAAUGUGUGCAACACGUUGCUCAGGUUCGCUGGCGGCAAGCAUUUAGGUACGGGACUAUGAGAGACAAUGUCAUUAAUCUCAAGGUUGUUCUUGCAAAUGGAGAAGUGUUGAAGACGGCUUCACGUGCCCGGAAAAGUGCUGCUGGGUAUGACUUGACUCGUUUGAUGAUUGGAAGCGAAGGAACCCUCGGCAUUGUAACAGAGGUCACUCUUCGACUCCAGAAGAUUCCACCACAUUCAGUGGUGGCUAUGUGCAAUUUUCCAACAGUUAAGGAUGCAGCAGAUGUUGCAAUUGCAGCUAUGCUAUCUGGCAUUCAGGUAUCUAGGGUGGAGCUAUUGGAUGAGGUUCAGGUGAAAGCUGUGAAUAUUGCCAACGGAAAGAACUUGCCUGAACUCCCUACUUUGAUGUUUGAAUUCACUGGCACAGAGGCAUAUGCACAUGAGCAGACUCUGAUGGUUCAGAAGAUCGUUUUGGAACACAAUGGCUCUGAUUUUGUUUUUGCAAAAGACCCCGAGGCCAAAAAGGAACUCUGGAAGGUAAGGAAGGAAGCUCUAUGGGCUUGCUUUGCUAUGGAGCCCAAAUAUGAAGCAAUGAUUACCGAUGUAUGCGUUCCGUUAUCAAAGCUUGGAGAAUUGAUCUCCAAGUCCAAAGAGCAGUUGGAUGCAUCGGACCUUAUUUGCACGGUUAUUGCCCAUGCCGGUGAUGGAAAUUUCCACACCGUGAUUCUCUUUGACCCUAAUGUGGAAGAGCAGAGAAAGGAAGCAGAGAGACUUAACAAUAUCAUGGUUAACUCUGCCUUGUCAAUGGAAGGAACAUGCACUGGUGAACAUGGAGUUGGGACGGGGAAAAUGAAGUAUCUGGAAAAGGAACUGGGGAUCGAGAACUUGAAGACGAUGAAAAAGAUCAAAGACGCAUUAGAUCCCAACAAUAUAAUGAACCCAGGAAAACUCAUUCCACCCCAUGUUUGCUUCUGAACUAGCAGCGCCGCUGCAGCCCUUGAUAUCUGCUUGCUUGAAGAAAUAUUUUCUAUAUGGUAAUUUUGUACUCAACAAGCCAGGAUCUAUGUGCCCGAAGAAAGAUUUUCUAGUUGGUACCAUUAAGAUCCAGGGUUCCUGCGACUGUGUAACACCCUAGGUGAUCGAAGAAGUCUUGGCGAGCUCUAAUGGCGGAAAUGGGGUGAGAAGUGAGGAAGAAGAUAACAGAAUAGAGAGAGAAAGGGAAGAGAGAGAUAGAGAGAGUAAAGGAGGGAAAAUUGGUUUCGUAUCCGUUAAUAGCCGUUGGGUUCUUACAUGCAGGUUAUUUAUACCUGUACGGAACAAUUACAAUUUAGUCCUUACAAGUCUUCCCGCCUUACAACUUCAUCCUUUAUCCGUUUUGUUCUGUACAAUUAAGUUCUGAUUGUUACAAACCCCUCUCCUUUAGCAAAUACUUGACAUCAAGUCUUGAAUGUUGGAAAUCGGAUCUUCAGCUUUUCCAGAUACUCACAUGUUGCAUCCUCUUCGUUUUGGUCAUCAUAAUCUGGCAGCACGGGCUGAGAAGUGAUGGCGCUUCCAUUAUCCCGCUUUAACAAGGACACAAGGAAAACUGGAUGGAUGUUGGAACCAUUGGGUAGCUUGAGUUUGUAUGCAACAACUCUCGUCUUCUGCAAUAUAUUAAAACGUCAAUAGUACUUAGAAG